GAUCAUUCAGUUAUCUUACUUAUUCACGACCAGUCAAACAUUACAUGUGGCUAUCAAAACAAAACAAACAUAUGGACAGUUUUUAAAAAGAUGUAUACUUUAACUAUUACGUUUGUUAUUUUGGUAUCAAUAUUUGAUGCAAAAUGUGACGAGUCAGGAGAUGAUUUCAAAGCCAGACUCAUUGCUUUGGAGAAUAAAUUGGAAAGACAAGCAGUACAGAUAAUUUCUCUUCAGAAAGAGGUUUCUACCCAAGAAAACACCAUUGCUGACCUGAAAGAAAAAGUUGACGCCCAGGACAACGAUAAAAAGAAAAUGGAAGCUGAAAUACUGAAGUUAAAACGGGAAUCACUGAAGCACAACCGAAUAAUAAAACACUUAUUGAAACUUGUCAAAAAGGCGCCAAUUCAGCAGAACGAAAAUGUCGUAGACAAGAAUGACGAUGAAAGAGUGGGAGUUAUACAAAAAGUUGAUAAUUUAAAAACACUUGAUAAAAAGAAAAGAUUUGUGCUUGAUAUGGUCGAGACGGUUGCCUUUGAAGCAACAAUCGCAGGAGGGAAUAUUGCACACCACACACAUAUCGAUGACAAGAUUGUUUUUGAAACGGUAUCAUUAAAUGUUGGCAAUGGGUACCACUCUGGAAAUGGAACUUUCAUUGCCCCGAUGAGCGGCAUUUAUGUGUUUUCAACAUCAGUAAUGAUGAUUGGAGCAAAUAGCAUAGACACUGGGAUGCAUGUUAUAAUUGAAAAGAAUAAUGCUGAAAUUGCUGGCGCUUAUGCUUCUAACAAGGGAUCAUACGAACAUAGUUCUGUAACGGUUACAAUGGACUUGAAGGUUGGUGAUACUGUGGCUGUGACUGUAGAACGCCAUGAUGAUAUCACAUUCUACGGUGAUAAUUUGACCAGCUUUACUGGAUUCCUGCUUUAUGCGUUUUAAGUAUUUAUGUAAUAGAACUUUCAAUUUUAUACUUUUAAUGAAUAAAGUAUAAAAUGUU